AUGGCAAGUGCCCUUGCCAUGCUCACCGCUGGUGUAGGCGCUGCCGCCGAGAUCCCUCUAACCACCCGAGAGGCACUGUCGGGCAUCUUUGGCUCGAUCUCGCUCGCCUGUUGGAUAUUCCUUCUCGUGCCCCAAUUACUCGAAAAUUACCGCAACUCCUCCGCCGAAGCCAUCAGUCUCGCGUUCAUCUUCGUCUGGUUCAUUGGUGACAUCGCGAACCUUGCCGGCGCGCUCUGGGCAGGACUGGUGCCCGUUGUGGUUGCAAUUGGAGUGUAUUUCUGUAUCGCAGAUGGUGUCCUAAUCAGCCAAUGUCUGUACUACGGAAUCAAAAAUAAGAGGAAGGAAGGAAAAGCAUUGUUGAACACAGCGGCGUCUUCGUCUAGCGCAGACGCUCAACAGCCAGCACGGGAGAAUGAUGAGGAAGAGCCUCUACUCAAACGCACCCGGACGAACAGCAUCACAAUUCCAGGCUCGGCCGAUAACAGACGACGAAGUAGUGCAAGUGCCAGGCGGAGGAGAAGCAGUGCUGCUCGUCAAGAUGAUCAACUCGCGCAGAUUUUUGAGGAGAGCGACGAUCGAGGUGGUAGACUUUGGUUCAAAAAUGCAAUGAGUGUUAUCGCCAUUGGCGUGGUUGGUGCCGCAGGCUGGGCGAUUGCGUAUGAAUCAGGUGCUUGGAAACCCACCGCCACUUCUACUGGCACGGAUGGAGAGAAGAUGGCGACAGGAGCCCAGAUUUUGGGUUAUCUCAGCGCCGUCGCCUAUCUCGGAGCGAGGAUUCCUCAGAUUAUUAAGAAUGCGACGGACAAGAGCUGCGAAGGCCUUUCACUUCUCUUCUUCAUUUUGUCUCUUCUGGGCAACCUCACUUAUGGCGCCGGAAUUCUGUGCCAUUCAACAGAAUCAGGCUAUGUUUUGAAGAAUCUGCCUUGGCUGAUUGGCAGCCUAGGAACGAUGGUUGAGGAUGUGACCAUUUUCGCUCAAUUCCACAUGUACAGAGUUCCAGAUCAGUCGACAUCGGAUGAAGCGGUCACCUGA